AUGGCUGAGAACGCCCAGCCCACCACUUCUUCUACCCUUCCUCACCCUCCCCAACCCUCUGCAGGUGCCCCUGGUCAGCAACAGUUCGAUGGGUCCCAGGGCAACGGGCAGGCAAACCCGGCACAUAUGCCUCCACCACCUCUUCCCCCUGUCGUGAUCCCCCAGAACACCAAUCCGAUUCCGACCGCGAUCACCUCUCCGAUGACCGGCAACAUGAUGUCCCCGUCCAGCACCGGCGGCUUUGUCCGUCGGGCUGCUCCCGAACCAAACAAGCGCGCUCUGUAUAUUGGAGGUCUUGAUGCUCGCGUUACCGAAGACAUCUUGAGACAGAUCUUUGAAACCACCGGGCACGUGCAGAGUGUCAAGAUCAUUCCCGACAAGAAUAGCAAAGGUUUGAACUACGGUUUCGUUGAAUACGACGACCCAGGCGCCGCUGAACGAGCCAUGUCUACCCUCAACGGACGCCGUGUGCACCAGUCUGAAAUUCGCGUGAACUGGGCGUACCAGUCAAACAACAACAACAAGGAAGACACUUCAAACCAUUUCCAUAUCUUUGUUGGUGACCUGAGUAACGAAGUCAACGAUGAGGUUCUGCUCCAGGCAUUCUCUGCCUUCGGCUCUGUUUCAGAAGCCCGUGUCAUGUGGGAUAUGAAGACUGGUCGCUCUCGCGGCUACGGCUUCGUUGCAUUCCGUGAACGUCCAGAUGCUGAGAAAGCGCUGAGCUCCAUGGACGGAGAGUGGUUGGGUUCUCGUGCUAUCCGUUGCAACUGGGCAAACCAGAAGGGCCAGCCGUCCAUCUCCCAGCAGCAAGCUAUGGCUGCCAUGGGCAUGACCCCGUCCACCCCAUUUGGCCACCACCAUUUUCCCACCCAUGGAGUCCAAAGUUACGACAUGGUUGCGGCUCAAACACCCCAAUGGCAAACCACCUGCUAUGUUGGGAACUUGACCCCAUAUACCACACAGAAUGACCUUAUCCCUCUCUUCCAGAACUUCGGCUACGUUGUCGAGACCCGAUUCCAAACCGAUCGCGGCUUUCGCUUUGUCAAAAUGGAUACUCACGAAAAAUGCUGCCAUGGCCCAUCUGCCAACUUAGCGGCUACAAUGUCAACGGUCGUCCAUUUGAAUUGUAGCGUGAGUGAUUCCCUUCUCCUCCCCCCCCCUUGA